AUCCAUCCAUAGCACAACAAAAACCUUUCUCUGGCCAAAAUGGCUAAGAUGGCCCCUCUCAUUUCCACUCUUCUAGUGGUACUGGUCUCUCUUAACUUGCCCCUAGAGUCUUCGGCAAACUACGGUUACUAUUCUCCUCCACCUCCCAAGAAAUCUCCUCCCCCGCCGUCCCCGCCGCCUCCGACUCAUCCCUAUCACUACAAAUCGCCACCUCCUCCGGUGCACUCCCGGCCGCCUCCGAGGCAUCCGUAUCACUACAAAUCGCCACCUCCUCCGGUGCACUCCCCGCCACCUCCGACUCAUCCCUAUCACUACAAGUCCCCGCCACCUCCAACUCAUCCCUAUCACUACAAAUCGCCACCUCCUCCGGUGCACUCCCCGCCACCUCCGACUCAUCCCUAUCACUACAAGUCCCCGCCACCUCCAACUCAUCCCUAUCACUACAAAUCGCCACCUCCUCCGGUGCACUCCCCACCGCCUCCGACUCAUCCCUAUCACUACAAGUCCCCGCCACCUCCAACUCAUCCCUAUCACUACAAAUCGCCACCUCCUCCGGUGCACUCCCCGCCACCUCCGACUCAUCCCUAUCACUACAAGUCCCCGCCGCCGCCGCCUCCGACUCAUCCCUAUCACUACAAGUCCCCGCCACCUCCAACUCAUCCUUAUCACUACAAAUCGCCACCUCCUCCGGUGCACUCCCCGCCGCCUCCGAGUCAUCCCUAUCACUACAAGUCCCCGCCACCUCCAACUCAUCCCUAUCACUACAAAUCGCCACCUCCUCCGGUGCACUCCCCACCGCCUCCAACUCAUCCCUAUCACUACAAGUCCCCGCCACCUCCAACUCAUCCCUAUCACUACAAAUCGCCUCCGCCUCCGCCCCCUCCUCGUGUGAAACCCUACAAGCCUCACAAAUCUCCACCACCUCCUCCUAAGGAGCACCCCUACAAAUACAAAUCUCCCCCUCCUCCACCGCCCGUCCUCAAGUCUCCGCCGCCACCUCCUCCCCAGAAGCCCUAUGUUUACAAGUCUCCUCCUCCACCACCACCCACGAAGCCUUACAAGUACAAGUCUCCUCCUCCACCACCACCCACGAAGCCAUACAAGUACAAAUCCCCACCACCUCCACCACCCGUCCACAAGCCACCACCCACGAAGCCAUACAAGUACAAAUCCCCACCACCUCCACCACCCGUCCACAAGCCACCACCCACGAAGCCAUACAAGUACAAAUCCCCACCACCUCCACCACCCGUCCACAAGCCACCACCCCACCCUUACACUUAUGCAUCACCUCCUCCUCCUCACCACUACUAGAGGUUGACUGUCGAAAUACUCUCAAAAGGACGCGGUGAGUCCUUAUCGAAGAAAUAAAGAAAAUGGAUGCUGAAGAAUCUUUAUACAGACAAGGAAAAAGCGAGAGGGUUUCGCCGUUUGCUUUGGCCAACUGAGCUAGCGAAUGAAUAAAUAGACAUAUAGAUGGUUCUUUUUUCGUUUUCAUGUACUUUGGCUUAUUCUUAGAGGGUUUGUCGUAUGACUGUAUUUGAGCUUUCAGCCUCCGUGAAAAUUCCGAGGCUGAUCCGAUCAUAUAAUAAAAUAAAUGUUGUGUUUUCCCUUAA